AUGAACUCAAAUAGUAAUUUGUUGGGAUCAAAAAGUCCUUCGCUUUCUCCUUAAAAGCAAAAUUAGAAUCCUUCUUCAUCAGAUAAAAAAAAAUAAGGCGAUAAUACUAAAUACCCUAUUUGCUUUUAGUGUAAAAAUAGAAUUAAAGAAAAAUAAUGUGUGAUUUUAGGUUAAAAGAAGUAUCAUAUUGAUCAUUUUCGUUGCAACUAAUGCAAUCAAAAGCUAACAAAUAGACUUUUUUAUGAGUAUAGAAAUAAAAUAUAUUGUGAAGACGAUUACAAAUAAAUUAUAGCGCCCAUUUGCCAUUAAUGCAAAAACUUUAUUUAAGGAAAAUAUAUAAGUGCGAAGAAUUUAAGCUUUCAUUUAGAGUGCUUUGUUUGCCAAGGGUGCAAUUUUGGAAUAGAGGAAAAGUAAGAGUUUUUUUUUAGUGCAGACAAAAAGUUUAUCUACUGCAAAAAAUGCAAGAAAAAAUGUUCUGAAGUGUGUUAAAAAUGCAAGAGGGUUAUAAAAGAGAAUGAGUAACUGAUCAAUGGAAGCUAUUAUCAUACAGGGUGUUUAACAUGCCAAAAAUGCCACGAUUAAAACCCGUAAGGCAUAUUUGUUCUACAUAAUAAUUAGAUUGUGCAUGACACUUGUAUUUUAAUUUGUCAUCACUGCAAUCAAAAAAUAGAGGAUGAAAAAGACAUUUCUCACUAUUUUGAAUAUGUUCUUCAUUCUAAAUGUUAGUAAGCUUACACAAAUUUUGUCAGACAAAAGACGAUUGAUGCUUUUAAAACUUAAAACUCUAAGAACUUUAAAAAUUAGUAAAAUAAUCAAAAUUAAAAUUAUGCUCUCUCUACUAAUUUAUCUCCGCCAAGCUACUCAGUCAACCUAAACCAAUUAGAAAGUAUGUUUUCUAAUAGUCUUGAUCAGCUUAAUAAAUAAUUUUAAGAGACAAAAAUCAAAGAUAAUAAUUUUGAUUUGGAAAUCGAAAUGUCUAAUUUAGCUAGUGAGAAUUUAGACUUACCUAGUCAAAAUAUUUAAACAAAUGAAUAUAAACUUUCAGAUGAUGAAAUAUCUCCAAAAGAGCAAUCUAAAAUAAAGAAGGAGAAUUUUCUAUAGCUUCCUAAUAGUACAGAUAAACAGCUAUGCAUUAAAGGAGCAAGCAUUUCUGCAUAAAAAAUACAAAAUAAAAAGAAAUAAAAAAUUGAAAUAAUUAACUCUGAAAGUGAAAAUGAUAGUGACUGA